AUGGUCCCUUCGAUCCUGGAAAGAUUUACUAUUCAUGGUCCAAAUAGCAGUCAUGCUUGUUAUGUGACCGCACUAGCCAGGGCUAGGCUCUCUGAUGUAAAGGACGGUUCGUGGAUCCGCUUGUUCCAGCUUAAUGUAGCCCGGUCAUUAGCUACACAACUCGUUCUCGUUGUGAAUUAUAUACAUGCCAAAGGUAUAGUCCAUAGAGACUUACACCUAGGCAACAUUCUUCUCAAAGUUCCGUCUACUUUCGACCAGAUCACCGUCGAGCAAUUGUAUGAGAAGUACGGAGCCCCGGAGCUUGACCCGGUGCUUGAGGAAGCAAGUGAGAAGAUCACCCUUGCAGAAACCAAGAUCUUGCUCUCAGAUUUUGGUGAAGCGUUUAUAUACUCAAGUGAACAGCAGAAAUACAAAUCUCGCAUCCCCCUUGUUAUCCGUCCGCCCGAGGCUCGGUUCGAAUCAGACAAGCCCUUGUCUUUCUCCUCGGAUAUUUGGACUCUUGCCUGUACUAUAUGGUCUAUUAUCGCUCAGCGGCCAUUGUUUGAAGGGCUCCUCGCAACGGAGGACGACGUCACCUGUGAGCAGGUCGAUACUCUUGGCGUUCUGCCACCUGAAUGGUGGAGGAAGUGGGAAGCUCGACGAGAUAAAUUUUCCGAGGACGACAAGCCAUUGAACCGUAACCCUUUCCGAUCUUGGCAUAAUCGAUUUAAGGAUCGUGUGCAACAGCCCAGGCGAGAUAGUGGGAUGCCGAUAUUUGACGUGAAGGAGAGGGACGCAAUCUUCGACAUGCUACGGCCGAUGCUCUCAUUCAGACCCGAGAAUCGUCCAACUGCCCAGCAGAUUCUCGAGUCAGAAUGGAUGGUGAAAUGGGCCUUGCCGGAACAUGGCAAGAUCAACAAUGAUGUAUAG